AUGAAAGCAGAACAAAAGACCAAGACACCUCAGCUAUCAACCACUCGCAGACUUAACUACAGUACAGAAAUGUUGCACCUGUGCCUGAUCCUCUCUGCAAUUUGUGCUAUAGGCAAAACAAAACCUUUACCUGAUACUUUCUCAUACUCGGUUGGUGUUGGGGACGGCGGCGGCACUGAAUUCUCCACGGCACAUGAGGGUCUAAUCACAGGACUCAGAAUCUGGGAAUAUCCCGGCAACUAUAUUACCGGGAUCCAGAUGAAAUAUGACAGUAACUGGACCGAUCUGAUUGGUUCAGGUUAUGGCAAUCAGCAGGAGCUGGAGAUCUAUGAUAAAGAAUUCAUCAGUCAGAUCUCGGGAAAGUAUUACGGCGGUUACAUCUAUGAGCUGAUGUUUGUCAUUAAUACGGGGAGAUCUUUUAAAGUGGGCCGCCUGCUGGAAACUCAUUCAACUUCUAUCCAACCGUGA